AUGCACGAGAUGGUUAGUGAUCGGGAAGACCAAGGAAGUCACCACGAUAGCGAUUAUGGCAAUUUAAAGAACCACAAUGAACAAAGACAAAGUGACGACAGAAAAGACCUUCCUUCUGUGAACAAAAAUAAGACAGAAAAAUUCUUUGAUCAAUAUUUCAAAGAAAAACAGGUGGUCGAUACGAAAAACAAAAACCCUCUUUUUCGUUUACCCGGCCAAAAAGUUGUUGCUUAAUCUCUACUCAUGAUAAAUUUAAAGAAUCAAAAAAGGAAGAAGAGACGAAUGAAGACUUCAUGAUAAAACAUGCACGUCUAGAAGCAGAAGCCAGACUGGCCCUAGCUCAAGCAAAGAAAAUGGCCAGAAUGCAAAUUGAAGUGGAAAGACAAAGAUCGAAAAUGUGCCCCAUCCGAGAAAUUGUUGGAUUUCCUCUAGACGAUCGACGAUAUAGGAUUAGCAGGUACUCUUUAUCAGAUAUGAAUCUAGGUCAGCUACAUGUUAUCGUCAAUGGCAUUUACGCACAAAUUGAAAAUUUAAAUGAAGAAUUGGUCGAAUUACUCCUGGAAAGAGAUGAUCUCCACAUGGAACAAGAUUCAAUGCUGGUUGACAUUGAGGAUCUUACUCGAUACUAUAUCAUCAACAGCUGUUGCUCUACUUUCUCUGAGGCUUCGAAAGAUGAAGCACUUCAAAGUGGACAAACAACCCUGCACUCGAGACAAGUGAAAAUUACAACAAAAUGAUCUGAUCAGGAAGAGAGAACCUAACAUAGGAUUGUAUUAUUUACUUUGCCAAUAUGUUCUCAGCCAAAUUAUGUUUGUCACGUGAAUAGUGAUUAUUAUUCACUAUGUUUGGUGCCGCUUUUUUAAUUUAG